AUGAUACUAAUGGAAAAUGUACAAAGAGACCGUGUACAGGACGAGCAUGGGCAUGAUACCAUAGAAAAUAUCAACAAUUGCAAAGAUAAUAACAAUAAUAUUCAAGUAAGGCGGAUGAGGAAGACACAGCUGUCCAAGAAGGAGUUCCUCGAGAAGAGGAAAUCAGACGUGUUGAUUGCUGCUAAAUCUUUGGACACGGAAAUCCAGAACGUUAAAAAUUUGAAACGAUUGUCCAUAGGUUCGAUGGAUUUGGUCAUUGACCCUGAAUUGGAGUUUAAGGUAAGCGGUAGAAACUCAUAUUCCUCAGAGUCCUCAAAGGAAUCAAUACAAGAAUCGCUGCAUGAACUAAACACUGUACAACUGGAAAAAAGGCAAGGGGAAGAACAGGGAGAAGAACAAGGAGAAGAACAAGGGGAAGGACAAGAGGAUGAAGAUGACGAGUAUGAGGAUGGUAAUGCUACUAAUGUGGACGACAGCAUUGAUGUGACUCAAACAGAGUAUUUGCAUGAUGAAGAGACUUUGGAGAAGGAAAAGACUUCCAGGAAUGCCUCUUCUUCAACUUCAUAUUCUGCGAGAGUAACAUCCAGCAACAGAAGGUUGAGUGGGGUUAAAUCGUUUGCACAUGACGAGAUUUUGGACGUGGCAGAAGAUCACAACUCAAGUACGGCCAAUUUAACUCAAAACCUAUUGUGGGUUCCUGCCAACCAACAUCCGAAUGUCAAACCCGAAAAUUAUUUAGAACUAGUCCAGGAUACUUUGCAAAACAUUCAAAUAACCACAGAUCAAGAUCCUGAUGGAAAAAAAUCGGAUCUGGGUAAUAGCCAUGUAUUUUCCAAUAGGCAGCGCUCGGGUUCUAUAGUUAGAAGACCCUCUCACUUGAAAACAUCCUAUACCAAAUUCGAUGACGAACCUUCUGCUGCGGAUAGGCAGAGACAGGUCCAGGGACACGAUCAAGCGGAGAAACGAAUAUCUUCACUCGAAGCCAAAACCAUAAGGUCUGUGUCUUUGAAGGAAAUCACUGAAGAAUUAACCAAGAUCUCCGAUAAUGCCGGUUUGACAGAUUCAGAUGCGAUCACUCUCGCAAGAAGCCUGAGCAUGUCCGGUUCAUUCACUAAUGAGAGCCUUCAUUUGGGCAACAAUAAAAUCGAAAAUGACAAUGAGUUUGCAUCAAAUAUGUUCAAUAAGAGCGGGCUGACCAUACCGGAGAGAUCUUUGAGAAGAUCUAAAUUCAACACGUAUAAAAUCAGAUCAGACAACAGUGAACUUCCGCCAACAGCAAGGCCUAACAACUCAAUGAAUGUAAAAGCAAAUGACGACCGUAGAAGUGCAUCAUCGCCUGCAUCCUACAUACAACCGCCUCAAGAUCAAGCUCCAUUGAACGAUUUCCAAGAGAUUUUCGAACAUUACAGAAGAACAAGCACUGAUUGGGGUACUGAAAAUACAAAAUACGUCGAUAGCACCAACUACUAUUCAGACGAAGAAGAUUUGACACAUGCAUCCAUUUCCCAAGAUAGUAGUUUCUUGUCCACAGAUAGCUCUAACAAUAGUGUUUUGGUGAAACCAAAUAAUGCAGGCUCAAUGAUUUCAGAAAGAUUAGAUCAGGAUAUAGCUUCCAGCGAGAAUGAAGAUGUAAACAUUAACGAACCAAACCAUGGCUGGUCAUGGUUGAACUCCACGAAUGAAAACUUGGCUAAUAACGAUAGUGCCUAUGAGCAAGUGAUAGAUGAUGAAGAAGAAAAUGGAGAUUGCGUUGGAGAUGAAAAAACCGAUUUUGUUAACUUAAGCGUAUCUAGAAGAGCAAAGUCUACUAAACGUGCCUCUGAAAGAAUAAAUCAUUCCAAGAAUAGGCAUUCGCCAAUAUUCCAGAUGCAAUCGGAUGAGUCGAAGUCGGUGGUGGUUACAUCUUCAGUCACUUCACUAUCUCCGUCACAUUCAUCUGAAUCCGCAGCAUCUGCGGCAGUGGAGAAAGAGCGAGGCUUGCCUAAUGACGACAAACCAAGUGCGCAUAAGAAGCAAUCGCUAGAAAAGAGACUUGUCAGACUAUUUAAAAGGAAGCAGCAUAAUAAAAAUUCCAAAUCGGAUGCCAAGGUAAUCAAGAAAAACGUCAAACAGGAACUAAAAAAGAAGACUUCGCAUUCAAGUUUAUCUAAAUUCAGAAAAAGCCCCAAAAAAAAAUCUCAACAAAUCGAAGUGGUACAAGAUCGCCCUUCAUCACCUGUUGAAACCGCUUCUUCCGAAAGUUUGAAUACGGCAAUUGAAAUUGAACUCGUUGUAGAAAGCCCAGCUGAUUCCAACAUUUUUUCUGGCGGUAAUACUAAUCACAGUUCUGAAUCGGUCGUGGAAACCAUAAAUGAGUUAGAUGGCGACGAUUCGUUCGAUAUCAGUGGCGGCGAAAUUAAUUAUAGCGUCGAGGCGAGUGCUAAUAUGGGUAAAGACCCAGCAACCGAACCAAACGAGACCGUCAAUGAAGAGGAGGAAGUUAUCGUCCCAACUCUCGCACCUCAAAUAUCUACCCUACUUCCAAAAAGACUAACCUUUGAAGAUGUUGUUACACCAGAAUAUCCAAACGCACCGAUUAAAUUCACAGAUAGCGCCUUUGGUUUCCCACUGCCAAUGAUAACAAACUCCACAGUGAUCAUGUUUGAUCAUCGACUAGGUAUUAACGUCGAAAGAGCGAUCUACAGACUCAGCCACUUGAAACUCAGUGAUCCGGGGAGAGAACUAAGACAACAGGUUUUGUUGAGUAACUUCAUGUACUCUUAUUUGAAUUUGGUCAAUCAUACUUUGUACAUGGAACAAAUAGGCAGUGAAAAUGCGGUAUUCAAUGGUGAUUCCGCGCUGGCAAUGACAGAUAAGAAUGACUCCGAUGGUACAAUUUUGAUCCCGGAUAUUUAA